AUCGCAAGGAGCGCUUUUUAUGUUUACUCCGGAGCAAGAUGGCGACACUUCCAGUCUUGUUGUUGGGGUUGUCAGAUUUAGGUGAUAAACGUUCCCGAGAGCUCGAGGCAAACAGAAAACCUGAAGAGAGGAAAUUAUUAAAGAUCAUACCCGACAACCCAGAAGACUGCGUGUCCCUUCUCAUCAACAACUUCCAUAUCGACCCCUACACUUGGUGCGGUCUCUAUGAUGAGAGACAGUCUAUGAUUCUGAUGCGCCUGGGAGAGCGUGGUAUGGUACGACUAGUGUCCACAGCUAUCAUGCAGACAAAGCUCCUCGAUGAGAUGAUGCCAUCCAGAUCUGCUGGAGACAGCGUCACAAAGAGCCGUCAGUAUCUCCACGACACUGUUAAGACCAUAACAACAAUGUCCACCUACCUUCCCGCAGCCAAGAAGCUCGGACAGUUCUUUAAGGAUCUUUUGCCAUCCUUCGAAGACAUUCUUGGUCAUGCUGCAAACGAACUUUGGGAGAAGAGAGAAGUUGAUGCAGGAUUCUAUGAGUUUGCUUUAAGAGGACUCCAUAACAUACUCGUGUCAGCAACAAGAAAAGAAGUCUUGCAACCCUUCUGUAAUUCUAAAUGUUAUGAGUAUGUUGUCGACAUGUUGCGUACAGUACAUCCCAUAAUUUUGUACUAUACUUACAGGAUGAUUCAUUAUACAGUAGAAAUGGGAACAGACAAGGAGAGGGAAAGGUUCAAGGAGGAAGAUGGCCCUAAACUGUUGGAGGAGAACAUGAAAAUGUUAAAUGAUCUUAAAGAUGUGCAUGGAGUGGGAGAAUUGGUGUUCAUUGCUGAAUUGUUAAAGGAUGAAAUAGAAGUACCAGGGUCUCCCCCAGAGUACUUUAAGUUUGUUCCAAAAAGAAAGAGAUUACUAAAUGAUGGGCCACAUGUGGAAGAAGGGAUGAUGUGCUGCACAGGGGCAGUGCCAGUGAUAUGCUCUGUUGUGGACUGCAGAAAAACAAAGGGAGAGUCAGGAGAAGCACUGAAAGCUUGUGCCCGUUGCUUAUUGGCUCGGUACUGUAGCGUGGAGUGUCAGAAGUUACACUGGAAAAAUGGGCAUAAAGAGGAAUGCUUCACCAAGGAAGAUCUUCUUAAGGAAGUUUAGAUAUUCAGAAUGCCAUGCCAAUACAGUAUUAUUUCAAAUGAAUUUUAAAUACAUGUGCCAAUAUAUGAAUGAUACCACUUGCAAUGGUAUCAUUGUCUUCGAAUACAUUCAUGUUCCAAUCUUUGUCCUGUAAUUCAGCAUUAACCCUUUAGCUGCUAACGUUUGUUGUAAAUGACACAGGUUUGAGGGAACAGAUAAGCCUAGAUUAGGAAGAAGGUUACAUUUGUGACUCUUAUUACUUUUCUAUUCUAAUGUUUGAAAGAAAGAACAUUUAUAUUUUUAAGUAAUGCAAUGUUACAUGUACAGUAGUUACUUAGGAAAUAAAAGUAAUGCUCAAGCAAGGCGCUACUUGACUUAAGCUCAUGUUGAUGCAACACGAUAUGAGCUACACAAUGUAUGUUUUAUUUAUUAUUGACUAAAAGCUUUAGCUAUAAAAGUGAAGAAAGUUGUAGUGUGUUGCAGCCCUUUUAAGUAAAUAUACCUGCAGGUAGCUCAUUUAUGUUAUGCAUGUAUGACCUUCAGCAUAACACACCACCUCCAUUUUUAUAGAUUUAUUACACUGACUGAAUUUAGGACUUAGUACACAUAACCAAGGCCUGUAUAUUUUAGUCCAAGUGUCAAAUAAAGAGGCCUUCCAUAUUUAAUUGUGAUACCUCAUCAUGUUACAUAAUAGUUGCAUAUUGACAAAUGUUCCUGAAUGGAAUACCUUUACAUUUGCAAUCAAUAGAAGAAAGAUGGAUAGAAC